AAUUGACAGCGGUAGAACUUCACCUGUUAUUUUCUUUGACAGUCAACAAUUUUUGUAAGUCAUCCGCAGUGGACAAAAAUUGUUUACCUUUGUAAUAUCCUAUAAGAGUUAGUUAUCCUCAACAGAAGAAAACAUGUCGCGCGGAAGCAGUGCAGGUUUCGAUAGACACAUAACGAUCUUCUCUCCUGAGGGUCGUCUGUAUCAGGUGGAGUACGCAUUUAAGGCUAUCAACCAAGCCGGCCUAACCUCCGUUGCCGUCAAAGGCGAAGACACAUCAGUAUGUGUAACCCAGAGGAAGAUCCCUGACAAGCUUGUCGUUGCCUCCACAAUCACCCAUCUCUUCCAACUCACAGAAAGUGUGGGUUGCGUGAUGACUGGCAUGAUUGCAGACAGUAAGUCUCAAGUACAGAGAGCUCGCUACCAGGCAGCCCAAUUCAAAUACAAGUUUGGAUAUGAAAUGCCCAUGGAAACACUCUGCAGGAAGGUAGCUGAUAUUGCUCAAGUCUACACUCAGAAUGCUGAGAUGAGACCACUUGGUUGCUCUAUGAUCUUGAUUGGUUAUGAUUCUGAAACUGGUCCAACAAUCUUCAAAACUGACCCAGCUGGUUACUACUGUGGAUACAGAGCUGUUAGUGUUGGAGCCAAACAAACUGAGGCCAACAGCUAUUUGGAGAAGAAGCUUAAGAAAAAGCAGGACUUGAAACAUGACGAUGUCAUCCAAUUAGCCAUCAGUUGUCUGUCCAGUGUCCUUUCUGUGGACUUCAAACCAACAGAAAUUGAAAUUGGGGUGGUCACUAAGGAUGAGCCUAAGUUCAGAAAACUUACUGAGAAUGAAAUUGACAGACAUCUUACUGCACUUGCUGAGAAGGAUUAAAAUGUUAAACAUUAAUGUAAUUUAAGAAGAUAAUUUACAAAAUAAACUUUUUUUUAAUAUUA